UCUCUCUCUCUCUCUCUCUCUCUCCCUCCCUCUCUCCCUCCCUGCCCCCGUCCGCCCCACGCCUACUUCUCCCAGGAGGCAGCCCGUACGAUGGCCUUUCUCGAUGCCGGCGCAAGGCCGCCUGGCGUCACGAGCGCCAUGUUGCACCGGGUAACCGUGUCGUCGGAGCCACUGGCCAAGCUCGGACUCCUGCCCACCUGGGCGUCGCUGCGCAUGCCCGACGAAGAGACGGCCAAGCCGCGGUCCCUGAGGCGCUUCGCCUUCGCCAGCCGCCCCACCUACGAGUUCACCUGCACCCCGGAGUUGGGUCUGAUCCAGGUCCGGGCCAAUUCGCUACUUCCUUUUACCGAGGCCGACAUCCAGGUCUUGGUGUAUGGCCGCCAGCUGGCGGUGACUGUCACCGGGAAACCGAUCAUCUUCGGCACGCUUUUCAGUCGCAUCAAGGCCGGCGCCUGCCGGUGGUCCGUGUCCUCGGGCGGUCUGUUGUCAAGCUUCUACUUGGAGCUGAUCACCGAGGGCUCGGCCGACUGGCCGGUCCUCCUGAUCCCAGGCCGGGCUAAUGCCCUCGACCCACACUCGCGGUACCUCCAUGCCAAACGUCGGGGCCCCAAGGCCGGGCGCAGGUCCAUGCAUCUGGCCGCCAUGCAGGGCCACAUUUGGGCCCUGGACAUUGUGCUCCGGAGAGACCUCACCAAAAGCAGCGACCACAUGUCGGCGACCGAAUUUCAGGACUUCCUGGCCCUACUGGAUGUGGCCGCCGACAGUGGUAGCCUGGUGGCGUGCCUGACCUUGGGACUGCUCCACCUCCAAGGGCACCCCCACCUGCCGGCGAGCCCGGCCCGGGCCCUGCCCUUCCUCGAGGCAUGCACCCGACAGGGCGAAACCGGCGAGGCCGAAGCCGGGCCCCUGUCGCCAGUACUCCGCAUGGCCAGUGAACACCGGCGCUUUCUGGCUCUCGCACAUAUCCUGACCGGCGCCAUCUACGAGGCCGGGGUCGAUGGGCUUGAGCGCGAUGUUGGCCAAGCCCGUGCCCACUUCCUGGCGGCCACGGUCUCCAAGCCCAUCGCGAGUCAAAUGCGCAACACAUGCUUCCAUAUGGUCGCCCACCUGGCGGAUUCUCCCACACGGGAGGAGGAUCUUCAGGCUUGGCGCGAAGAUCCUUUGGCGGGUGGUCAGGCGGUGGUCUUCGAAUCGCCCAUGCCAAUCGGCGCCCCGCUGGCCCUGGCGUGCCUCCUCCUGCCGGCGCCCGAGCGACUGAUGGUUGCUUUGAAGGACACGGUCUUGGCCCGGGUGUCGGCUGCGGCUGCCGACCACCCGGCCGGCCUGCUUCCUCGGCUGUCGCCGGAAACCCUGGACCAAGCCAGCCAGCUACUGGCUCGGUCUGUGUAUCGUAGCCCGGCGGGGGCCCCUCCGGCCGGGGAUCUGCUCUCCUCGAUGGGGCCGACAGCCCCUCCUGCUCGGUCCCCGUGGCUGGCUGGCGGAGCCAUCUUGGGGGCGGUUGUGGCCCCGACCCCGUCGGACCCGCUGGCCGCCCUAUCCCUCCUGUAUGGUGGUGAUGCCUCCUUCCGUAAGAAGCGCCCCGCCAUCAUGGCCGAGUUCGCUCCACUGUCCAAGUAUGACGGUUCGGCUACCUAUUCCUGCGCCGGCACCACGGUCACCGUGGCCAUCUCCGGCCCGGUGGAGGCCAAGAGCAACCUUCCCGGGCAAGGGCUGAUUGAGCUGGGUGCUGGCGGCCCCGGCGGCGGUCCAAUGAUGCUGGACAUCAGCGUGCGCGACUCGCUCAGCAACUCCUCCCCCGCCGAUAAGAUGCUUGAGGAUAUCAUUCGCCGGUCGGUGGGCCCGGUUCUCCUGUCGACCGGUGUGAACCAGAUGCUGCAAGUGACUGUGCACGUGGUGAGCAUCGGUCCCAAGGUGUAUCCCGCUGCCGCUGGUGAUGGGCCCGCGGCGCGGACCAUCAGCGCCGGAUCGACGGCCGGCCUGGCCCAAGCGGACCAUGCCGCGCAGGUGAGCGCGCCGGUUCCGCUGUCCGUCAUCGCGGCUGCUGUGAAUGCCGUCUUCCUGGCGGCCCUGGAUGCCGGCCUGCCGAUGCGCAGCUCGCUGGCUGCCUGCUCGGUGUCUAUGAUCCCCGGACUGGGCUGGAUUGCCGAUGAGGCGCUGGGCCAGUCGGUCCUCGGGGCGUCCGACCUGGAUGCCGACGCCGAGGCCGCAUCGGACUUCCUCUUCGUCUUUACCUGUCGCGAUGGGCACAUCGAUCCGGACCAGGCGGGGCCGCUUCUGGUCGAGGCGCUGGCUUUCUCGCCCUCGUUCACCGCCGCGACAGCUGGGUUCUCCACCGAGUCGUACCGGACUGCCCAUGAGCUGGCGAAGGCGCGCUGCCACGAGACCCACUCGCUGGUCCGGCAGGCUUUGGCCCAGCGCCUGGCCAGCACCGACAACGUCCUGUCCGAGGCCCUUGCUGCGGCCAGUGUCCGUGACAGCAAGUAG